UUACACAGUAAGUCGUCCAAUACUUCCUGUUUAACAUUUAUUAUUUCAUUUAAUGAGACGGAAUCGUAUACCUGAUGAAAGAACAUCUAUCUGGAAUGUUGGAUAAAAGAACACUUAAUAUGUUAUCAAUGUUACUUAUCCACACAACAGUUAUGUUGGCAGUUACUGCACAACAAAACCUUACACCGUUUGGAAUUGCUACGCAGGGUCCGAUAUCAGGGGUUAACGGUAAACCAGAAAAUGCUAUACAGCCACCUAUAGGAAAUAAAUAUAAUCUGUCUAUAUGUACACAGAGUUGGUCAACUCAUUCUGAAAUACCAGCAUGGUGGAGAUUCGAAUUUUUUUUCGACACAGCAUACAUUACGGAUAUAGCAAUAUACUAUAGAGAAAACUAUGCUAGUAGAAUGAAUGGGUUUCGAUUAUAUGUGACCAACACAUCAACUAUUUCAACUGAAGGUUAUCUCUGUUAUGCAGAUUCUUUUCCUGCUCCUUAUCCAAAUAUCACUCAGACUAUUACUUGUAAUCAACUUGGGCGUUAUAUCAUUUAUUACGACAAUGAAGGAUCACAAGAAGAACCGAUUGUCAAAGGGGGCAUUGUUGAAUAAUGUUACGUUGCCAUUAAUGGCUGCUUUAAAGGUGCAUGGGGAAUAAACUGUUCAAAUGUAUGCCCACCUAAAUGUAUAGAUCAACACUGUAAUCCUGAAAAUGGUUCCUGUGUUUGGGGAUGUGAUCCUCAGAACUGUUUAAAUAAUAAAUGCGACAAAGACACUGGUGCUUGUAGUGAAGGAUGCGUAACUGGAUGGGACGGACAUUUCUGUU